AUGUCUUUAACAGAACAUGGAGAAAGACAUGUAGACGAUCUUAUUGCCAUAAUCAAUGAGCAUGUCGAGUUUAAUCAAACAGAGUCGGAAGCAACGGCCGCCGCGAUCAAUCUUUUGUGCAGAUUUACACUUGAAACAGGUGGGAAAACUUUUUUGUUUUUUUCAAUGUUUAGAUUCCUUUCUGGAGGUGUUUGCCGUUGCCAAUCGAAAGAUAAGAUUGUGGGCUUUCGUUUGAUAUGCGAUUUACCCUCAUUUUCUUGCAAUUUAUAUGGCUUUUGACAAACUAUAUUACACUUGCCAGGCCAAGUCUAACUUUUUCCAAAUUUAGGUGAUAAGAAGACGGUAGAGAAGUCCUGGAGGUUCUUGGAGACGAUACUCAGCCAAUUCAAUCUGCUGAAGGUUCUGCGAUGUGAAAUUUCCCCAACAAUCCUCGAAUGGAUGCAAAAUGAGGAUCAGACGCUCAAGUCGGACCUUGUUUAUGGCCGAAAGUCUCAAAAAAGGCCUUCAUUUUAUCGAACAGAGCACAACUCUUCCAUGACUCCGACGUUCGUGAUGUGGGACCUGUAUCAGGUGAUCAAAUGGCAUCGGUUCUUCUUCGGCACACCUCCCGAAUCCUCGCCGAAUGAGCUGGACAUUGUGUUGAUCGUGUUGCGGACGCUCGGCACGUUCGCUCAGCAGUCGUUGGAGAGCUCGGUGUUGGAAGUGAUCUUCAAAUACUGUCCCACCUAUCGGAUGCCCAGUUUCGAGAUGGUUUUGGAGGACAAUUCCCUGAAACUUUUGGAGAAUUGGCUGAGUUUGGUCGAAUUAUCCGUCAAUUUGGGGAUUUUGGCCUGUCAGCGAGCCGAGAAUGGAGAUAAAGACAGGGAAGAGGCGUUCGAACAAUGCGUAGUGGAGACGGUUCGACAUGCCCUGGGACAUUGUCGAAAGUUCAUUUCGGUUUGCGAGAUCUUGGAGGAAAUUAUCCAGAGCCGAUCCGAGACGGAGAACUUGAUGAAUGUCCUGGAAAGGCUCAAUUUCUUGUCUAAAAAGUAAGUAUUUUCCAUUUUGUUGUCUUUUCUGAGUUUAGGAACCACUUGGAUUCGAGUUGGAGCAACCUUUUUUUGACCUUUAUAUUGAUGUAGAUACCUGAUCAAAAACCUCUCGGAAUGAGUCGAGUGUCACAAAAAAAUCUCUAAAUUGAUGUUUCAUCACCUUCUAAACACCCUGAACCAUCUGUAUUUUCAAUUUCAGGUUUUUCAUGAAGUCCAUCAACUUUUAUCAGACCAAUUUCCCUCUUUCCACCAAGACCCAAUCCACAAUUUCCGAACUUUUCCUCUUCAUGGUCGAUAAUUUCAUUGAUCACAACGACUCCAAGGUGCUGUAUGAGGUGGCCAAGUGCAUGAUGCAGACGCUUUCCCAAUCCAAGCAAAGAAAAACACAUCCGGAGGGGCUGAAUUGCCCAGCUCGGCUUGUUUUCUGCAUCUUCUCCAAGAUCAUGGAGCAUUUGAAGCGAGAUUCGUAAGUUUUUUUGUCAAUUGUUGAUUCGAAAUUUAGUGAUGUCUUCGAGGACUUGCUCGACUUGAUUUCCAAGUGCCCGAAGGGCUUUUGCCAGUGCGUGGAUCAAGCAUCUUUCCUCAAAGUUAUCAUGCUGCCAGUUUACACUGUGCAACACGUAAAAAAGAUGGCAGAUCUGGUGGAAUAUCAUUUCAACCGGGCGAAAGAAGAGAGUAAAAUCGACCUGAGACAAGUGUGGUUGUUGUUCGAUCAAUGGCUCAGCAAGAAAGAUGUGUUGGUCUCCACGGCAGUCCUCAAAAUGUUCAACCAUCUGGCAGCUAGUAGGUGUAAUAUAAAAUUCUUUUUUUCUUUAGGUUUAUUGUCUCCCAAAGGCUUUAAUGGGUUUUAAUAAGCAAGUAGAGAGAGUGUUCUGUCAUAUUAUUGCUUUCAGUGAUGUCGGACGAUGAUUUCCGUCGCGUGUCGAAGGUGAUUUUGAAUGCCUCCGUGAUCGCCGAACCCAAUGUAAAAUCGAAUGUUCACAAUCGAAUGAUGGCCGUGUUUGCGGCUCGAAUGCGACCAGGACAGUCCAUAGACGACCUUGUGGACUUUGUAAUCACCAACGACAUUGAUGAAUGCAUCAGCAACUCACAUCUUCAAGACGGGUUUUUUGAACUUCUUCAUGUUGUUCUGCUCUGCUCAGACGAAAUUCAGGUAGGGAAUUGGAAGAAAAUUAUUGGGAAUUUAUUGUUUAUCAUCUACGGACAAGUUUUUUUGAAUAAAAACUUGGUUUUUGUCAAAAAUUUUGAGAUUUUUCCAAAAAUCACCUAGCGUAAUAUAAAAUUUCUUUCAGUUCUCACGCUGCUUUGACCUCAGCCUCAUAAAAUUCUCGCCAAUACUAAAGACGGCUUUAACGGACAUAUGGGUACUUCUUUCGCCGUCGGCGGAGAAUUGUUACAAUGCCCUGAGGCGAUUUCUCACCUUAUUCAAGAAUUGUUAUUGCGCUGAAACUACGACUGGUAAGUGAGAAAAGAAGUUUUUUAUGAAAUGUUUAGGCUAUUGAAAAGGUUUGGAGACUAAUUUUAGCUGGAUUAUUGGCGAUUUUUUCAUGGAUAAUAUAAAAUUUCUCGAAUUUCAGAAUUUUUCGCCAAAAGUUCGAAAAAGUUGACGUUGGAACUGCAAACCCUGGCUCAGUCAUGUGUGGACGUCCUGCAGAACUGCCAAAAAACGACGAUCGAACUCAGCAAGGCCGCUCAAUUGCUCUCUUUACUUUCGUUUUUGAUUUUUCAAAGCAGUGAGGUGAUUUUUUCGAAAUUUUUUGCUUUUUAACCCCCAUUUUUGUUCAAAUUUGAGCUGAAAAUAAAAAAUAAUACUUUUAGAAGUUCAUAGCGCCCCUGAAAAGCUCAAUUCACAAGGUUUUCGACCUGUCUUCGGCUUCAAUUUCCUUCAUGAUCUUGCAUUUCAUGGUCCGGGACAGCUAUAUCCAUGUAAUCCGCCGAUUUGACACCCCCGAACCGACCACUUCCCAUGAGGAAUCGGAUGAUGAGAUGACACAGAGUGUAGGAACGACCACUGAGCAGAUGAAUGUGGUUUGUUCCCAGAAAAUGUUCGGAUUUAUCAUGGAAUUGCUGAAAAUCCUCAUGAAAAGGAUAAAAACCUACGAAGAAAGGAUGGAAUUCGAGCUGAUUCAGGUGAUCAUGGCUGUCCAAGAGGUCCACGAAGAAAUGACGGAUACUGUGAGUUGAUUUCAGCGGGGAGAAAUGAGAUUUUUUGAAGGAAAAAUUGAUUUUUUUGGGACUUGAGGUGAUUUUUGGCGAAAAAUUGGGAGAAAAUUUAAAAAAAGAGGGAAAUUAGGGGUAAAUUUUUAGUUUAAAAGAUGUCUAGGGUAAUUUUGAAGGUCGGUAGAAGUGAAAGCUACCGUAUUUUAGUUGAAAACUCCUUUUGGUUUUGAGAUUUUAUCAAUUUUUGAAGGAAAAUUGGAGUUUUUUUGGGAUUUGAGGUAAUUUUUGUCGAAAAAUUGGGAAAAAAUUUAAAAAAGAGGGAAAUGAAUGGUAAAUUUUAAGUUUAAAAGAUGUCUAGGGUAAUUUAGAAGGUUAGUAAUAGUGUCGACUACCGUAUUUUAGUUGAAAAUCCCUUCGGAUUUUGAGAUUUUAUCAAUUUUUUGAAGAAUUUUGACGGAUUUUCGAAAAUUUUUAAAUUUAAAAAAAAUUUCUUUCAAAAAUGACUGAUUACUGCCUAAAUAUUAUUGUAAUUACAUCUAAUUUCAGUACAUUUUACUGCUCUUUGACUUGAUCGACGACUUGACCAAGAAAAAUGCCUCUCAAGAUGUCAUGGAUAAGGUCCUAAAAGAGGUUGUGGCUCGAAUUGGAGAAGACCCAACCUCGAAUUACCUCUCCAAACUCCUCGAACACGUCUUCCUCUCAUCGGAAACAGCGAAAACCAUAGCGAAAUUGGUCAACGACCUGCUGAAAAACAACCCGGCCCAACCGACGGCCGCGCUCAGCUUCCCACAAACACUUUCGCCCACUGAAACGGUAGGAAAACGGGGAUUUUUGGAGGGAAUUUUUGGUUUUAUGAAUUGUAGGAUGUGUAGAGAGUAUUUCUAGGUAUUGUUUGGGGUAUGGAAGGGUCUUAUCUUGCCAUAGCAGCAACUUUUUUUGAAAUUUUUUGGGAUUUUGAUGAGAAAUUGAAAAAAAUUAGAUUUUUUUGGACAAUUUUAUUUGUGAUUGGUAUUUUUUUAGUAGUGUAAGUGUAAAAUAGGGUCUUGUGGACAUUAUUGCAGUGAUUUUCGAUAUCAGUUAUUUUGGAAAUUUUGAUUUUUAACAGUUUUUUUUAAAAAAUACGCUAUUUUUUCGCUUUUUUUGUUGAAAAUUGGAAUUUUCUUUUGAAAAAUGCCCUUUAUGGUAUUUCAAAUGUCCGUACAAGGCUUGCAAAGAACAUGUAGUUGAUUUUCAGCCCGAAAGACGCUUCAAAAAAGCGGCCGCGCACUUUGUUUUGGACCCGGUUCACAAUAUCUGCGCCCCGGACGGCCUAACUCUCUCGUUUUGGAUGUCCGCCGACCGAAUGCUGGCUCAAACUCCCCUUCAGGUCGUUGAAUUUGGCACAAAAAAGAUUUCACUUCUCAUGGAAAUCGAUUUGAAACGGAAUAUUGCCAUAGUAAAGUGAGUUUUUUGGGAAAAUUUGUAAAAUAAGGUGGGAAAUGAAAAUAUUUUUUAGAUUUUUUAUUGUUUUUGAUGUAAAAUUAAGUGAUUUGGUUCCAGAAUAUCAUUCGAAGGCAAGAUUGUGGAGAAAAUUGUGAUUAAAAAGGCUUUUCCCACCAAAAACACCUGGACGAAUUGCACUCUGGGCGUGGCGUGCAAUGAAAAUCAGAUCAAAGCAAUGGUAAGUGGAGUAGAAUUGAUGGGAAAUGAGGUUUGUGAAGAGUGGAGAAGAGUUUCAAGUGAUGGUUUGGGAUUUUUUCAGCGGAAAUUUGAAAAAUUAUAUUGUUUUACAAGGGAAGUCACUUAAAUCACGGAUCGAUUUUGUAAAACUACUGGUACAGCGAUGGGGAGGGUAGCACGGAGAUACCAAAUCUGAAAACCGCUACCUCCACCGGCCUCUGGGAGCCGAGAUAAUCGACCAAAAAGUUUGACCAAAUUCGUCCGAACAUUUCUUCCUUCAGAAAGAAGAAAAGCCAGCGAACCGAAUGGUCCGGUGGUCUGGAAGCGCGCUUCCGGGCCUUCACCUUUUCAGGUUCGAAUCCGCGCGGGUCUCGAACUUGUGAAAAAUUUAUAAAACAGUUGAUGUAAUCCAGUAAAUUUACUAGCAAUUUGUUUUUAGAUUUUAUGCCUAUUUUACGGUAAAUUUUCAACCUGGAAAAUCCAAAAAGUUUGGAACUCGCAUUCAAAUUAUUACUCUGAAAUUUCGUAAAAUAUGCAAAAAAUCAAAAAACAAAUUGCUAGUAAAUUUACUGGAUUACAGGAAAAGUUUAAAAAAUUAUUUGACCCAUGCGGAUUCGAACCUGAAAAGGCCAAGGCCCGGAAGCGCGCUUCCAGACCACCGAGCCAUUCGGUUCUCUGCCCUGCUUCUUUCGGAAGAGAGGACUAUUCGGAGCAACUUUUUUUAGUCAAACUUUUUUGGUCGAUUAUCUCGGCUCCCAGAGGCCGGUGGAGGUAGCGGUUUUCAGAUUUGAUAUCUCCGUCCUACCUUCCCCAUCGCAGUAACAGUCGUUUUUAAAAAUCGAUCCGUGACUUAAGUGACUUCCCUUGUUAGGUAAAAAUUGAAAUUUUCUGGAAAGUUUUAGAUUUUUAUGGGCUGUUUUUGAGUAUAAGUGCUGUGAAGGGAGUCGAAAAGGACUGUCGAGUCAUCAUUGGUCGAAUGGCAAAAAUAAAAUCAAUAAUUUUUAAAAAUUUUGGAUUUUUUGCGAAAAAUUUGAAAAAUAAUUUUUUUGGGUAAAAUUGGUGUUUUUUUUGUGAAUUUUGAGUUUUAAAAAAAUGCUUUUGGAGUGGAAAUGUUGUAUACUUGGUCUAGUCUAUAGAGGCGUUGCAAAAAAAAAAUCAAAUUUUUGACAAAAAAUACCGAAGAAAUCUCAAAAAUUCGAUUUUUCACCCAAAAAAUUUAUGACUAAUGAUUGAAAAUUACAGUGAAAGAACUUUCUUAUUUGAUUUUGCCAAAAAAAUUAAAAAAAAUUUUACGAGGAAAGUACUUCUAUGGGGUAUGGAGUUACAUACAGGUCGGGACAUUUAGCUGCCCAAUUUUGGUUUGUAAGGGCGAAAAAACCAUCAGAACUUUUCUCGCAACACCACGCAAAUGCCCCUUUGUUACAUUGGAACAACUGUAGUAUUAAUCAAAUUUGAUAUGAGGGCUUUUUCGUCCUUACAAACCAAAUUUGGCAGCUAAUUUUUACAUAUUCUGAAUCAGAAAAAUUUUGCGAUAUUUUUGAUAUAUGACUCGACCUGUAACUCCAUACCCCGUAGAAGUACUUUCCUUGUGAAAAACAGAAUUUUUUUUUUUCAAUUUUUUGACCAUUUUUUUGGACCUUUAUAAUUUUUUUGAUAAAAUAAAAUAAAGAAAAGUUCUUUCACUGUAAUUUUCAAUCAUUAGUUAUAAACUUUCUGUGUGAAAAAUUGAAUUUUUGGCUGUUUUUUUCGCUAUUUUUUGUCGAAAAAUUUGAUUUUUUUUAGAUUUUUUGCGAUUUUUGCUAUGCUUCUAUAGACCAGACCAAGUAUACAGCAUUUUCACUCCAAAAGCACCUUUUUAAAACUCAAAAUUCGCGAAAAAAACGUCAAUUUUCCCUAGAAGAAUAUAGGUGAAAUACCCAUAGAAGUAUCCUUGCGAAAAAUUUUUUUUUGAGGUUUUGAUCGGCGCCCAUCUCCGCCAAAUCUCCUCCCUGAACAAGGACUACAUCGGCGAUCAGAACCCGUUUUUUGUGUCGUUCGGCACCACCUCGCCCCAACCAACCACCCCCUCUUACUCCAUCAGCAAUUUGUUGGGCUUCAAGGGCGUCCUUUCGGCCGAUUGCGCCAUCCUUUUCAAGGCGAUGGGAGUGAACAGAGCCUCGUUGAACUGCUGUGUCCUCGGCCAGACCAAUUUCGGAUUCCUGAAUUCGGUCAGCAAAGGCAUGGUGGAGGGCAAACCGGACCUUCACAAGCUCUUUUCUGAACCCAAAUUCUAUUUGGAUAAGUUGCAGGUGAGAAAAAUGAGAAAAAAGUGAUUUUUUUGGUGAUUUUUAGAAGAAAAAGUUGAUUUUUUGGAAGUUUUGGACGAUUUUUUGGAUUUUUUUUGGUAUGAAAGUCAUUUUUUUGGUAGAAAAGGACUUAAAACCGAUGAAAAUGUUUGAGAAAUAGGAGUAUUGUAAUUUUUGUUAAUUGAAAACGAUAGAAAUUGACCGAUUUUUUUGGUUGAAAUUUAAAUUUUUUCGAAUUUUGGACGAUUUUUUGGAAUUUUUUUAUAUAAAAUUAGUUUUUUUAAUGGAAAAGGACUUGAAAUAGAUUGAGGUUUUUAAUAAAUAGGACUAUUGUAAUAAUGACCAGUUGGAAAAAUAGAAAUUGACCGAUUUUUUGGUCGAAAUUUGAUUUUUUUGGAAUUUUUGAACGAUUUUUUGGAAUUUUUCGAUAUAAAAGUAGUUUUUUUAAUAGAAAAGGACUUGAAAUAGAUGAGAAUGUUUGUGAGGUAGCAUUAUUGUGAUAUUUACCAGUUUAAAAAAUAGAAAUCGACAGAUUUUUUGGUUGAAAUUUGGGUUUUUCGCGAUUUUUCGGAAUUUUUUCAAUUUUUUGCCGAAAAACCCGGAUUUUUUACUCUAAAAGUUAAUUAUUCUGCAAUUUGAGGCUUGUAGAAUAUACCAGCUAUAUUUUCACUACCAUAAAUUGCCGAAAACUAUUCAUUUUUAUCGGAUUUUUCAAGAUUUUUUGCGAAUUUUUCCCGAAAUUUUGAUGAUUUUCUAAUUUUUUUGUUUUAGAGAAGCCUAUUAUUCACAAUAUUUGCGGACCGCGCCCAUUCCUAUAACCUAAGUGUUCUGCAGCGCGGCAUGGAGGUGGAGAAGUUCAACUCGGGCCAGACUUUGUACCUGACCAUGUCCCAGGAGAUCCCCUUGACCUGGAAAUGCCUCAUCGAAUCCAAAUCCCCCGAUGUUUUUGACAAAUCACUAGUCACUAUUGGUCAUAUCAAAGUUCUUUUACUCUAUUUUGCAUUGGUAAGUCUUGGAUUUUUGGGGGAAAGUGGAUUUUUUGCGUAAAUUUUAGUUUUUUUGAGUUUUUUUGGUGAUUUUUUAGGUAAAAAUUAAUAUUUUUUUGAUGUUUUUUGGGAUAUUUUGGGUAAUAAACCGUUUUUAUGAGGUUUACAGUCCAAUAGCAGCUUUUUAAAAAUUGAGAUUUGCUCAAAAAUUAUUAAUUUUUACCUAAAAUAAUAUAAUUUUGGCAAAAAAGCAAAAUUUUUUUUUUGAUUUUUGAUAUGAUUUUAGACUGUGGACAGAGAUUAUGACCCGCUGACUCAAGCUGAAGCACUAAAAACUCUGACAACGGCGUUAAAACGAGACCCGACGGCUUUUUCGGCGUUUUUGGAGAUGGAUGGACACUCGGUUUUGGCCCGGAUUUUAAUGUCCAAAAAGUUUAUCCUCUCCGAUGAAGCCUUCAAGGUAGGUUGAGAGGUCUUUUAAGAAUUUUUUGAGCGUAUUUUAGGAAUAUUUUUUUUGUGUUUGACCAUUUUUUUGGACCUUGUUUUAGGUACUGUGCCGAUUUAUUUUCACGAAAUUGGAACUCGAAAACCCCUCGAUUUCAAGCUCCCCCCAUUCGCUGAUCACCGAACCCAAGCUGUUGGUCACCCUGAUUUCGACCGUUCCGAUGUGGAAGAACGAAAGUUUUGCAAAGUUUAUCAACUUGAUCAACCUGAUUCACUCGGUCACUGGCGACUCGAGAUUCUCCAGAAAGUUGAAAGCCUUCAAUCUGGCACAACUAGCAUCCAAUAAUUUUUUACCUGCGGCGCUAAAUGUAGGUUUGAAAGAGGUUUUGGGAGAGUUUGGACAUUGUUUUAGGUGUUUUGGUGGAAAUUUUGAAAAUUUUUUAAUUUUUUUUAAAUGUUUGUGUAUUUUCGUUUGUAUAAAAGCGUCAGGGUAUGUAAAGACUGUUUAUGACACUUGAGUUAUUUUGCGGACUCAUUUUGAGUUGAUUUUAGCAAUUUUGGACCUUGUUUUAGGUGUUUUAGGGGGAAAUUUGAAUGUUAAGAAAAAAAUUUUGAAAUGUUUUGGGUUUUGUCGUUUGUAUAGAAGCGUCAGGCCAUGUGAAGACUGCUUAUGACCUUUGAGUUAUUUUUCGAACUCAGUUUGGGUUGAUUUUUGCGAUUUUGGAUCUUAUUUUAGGUGUUUUGGGGAGAAUUUUGAAUAUUAAUAAAAAGAUUUUUUUGAAAUGUUUUGGGUUUUGGCGUUUGUAUAAGCUUCAGGGUAUGUAAUGAUUUUUUAAAGACUUUUGAGUUAUUUUGCGAACUCAUUUUGAGUCGAUUUUAGCUAUUUUGGACCUUGUUUUAGGUUUCUGAACGUUUUUUUUGUAAUUUUGCAAAGGCUUUGGUUAAAAAUUUUGAGAUUUUUUUUUUGUUUUUCCCCACAUUUGUUUGUUUUUUAGCGAAGACUUUUGUCCAUUCGUAUUUUACAAUUUCAGAGCCUCCUGGAGAUGCUGAAGCAUCCGGACCACUUCCAGACCGUCGAUCGCGCCGAAGAUUUCGCGCAGAAUCUGUGCAAUCUCGUCAAAAACUGCCUCGACUUCCCUUACAAUUGCAGACAGGUCUCUUCCUUGUGGGAUUUUAUUCAACUCUCACAUCCAGCACCCGAUUUCUACAUCGAUAAGAGCAUUCAGGGCCGCGGAGAUUGGUUGGGAUACGGUAAUUUUGGUUUUUAAGAAGGUUUUGGGUCCCACCACGAAAACUUGAAAGUGGAAAUUUUUGGUGUUAUUAGUGUUUUUUGAUGGUAGACGGUCUUGUUUGAAGGCUGUGGAGAUUUUUUGUGCUGGAAUUUUGCGAAUUUUGGUUGAAUUUGGAGAUUUUGGGUCUCACCACGAAAGCUUGAAAGUGGAAUUUUUUGCAGUUAUUGAAGGUUUUUGAUGGUAGAAGGGCUUAUUUGAAGGUUGUGGAGUUUUUUUGUGCUGUGAUUUUGCGUUUUUUGGCUGAAUUGGGAAAUUUUGGGUCCCACCGCGAAAACAUGAAAGUGUAAAUUUUUGCAAUUAUUGAUGCUUUUUGAUUCUAGAAGGGCUUAUUUGAAGGUUGUGAAGAUUGUUUUUGCUGGAAUUUUGCGAAUUUUGAUUGAAUUUGGAGAUUUUGGGUCCCACCACGAAAGCUUGAAAUUUUCGUCAAUGUGAACUAAAAAUUGAUCUAAAAUUGAAGUUUAGAAAAGGUUUCUGACGAUAACAAAUGAGAUUAUAUUUUGUAUUUGUUGUAAACACUGAUUUUUGGGUCCCACCACGAAAACCUGGAAAGUGGAAAUUUCUGCUGAUAUCAAGCUUUUUUCUCUUUUUUGGCUAGUGAAAUUGAAAUCUAGUGCCUUGUUAACUUUUAUUUUGCCAAAAUUUUCUGAUUUUUUGGUAAAAUUUGGGAAUUUUGGGUCCCACCACGAAAAUUUGGAUUUUCUCAAAAUUGACUCUAAAUGAGCUAAAAGUAAAUCAUAGAGCUUGUGGACGCAUUUGGAAUGUUGUUUGAUGAUUUUUUCAGAGGAAACCGGCUUCACCGUGAUCAAAGAACAGGAGCGAAAGAUCUCGGAACUCUGCGAAGUCCUCAAUUCCAUGAUGAAAACGCACAGUAAGGACGAGAUUGAGAGCGUUUGGGCGUCCACAAAUUCAUUGCUGGCCAUUCGGAAGACGUUUUUGGAUCAGGAUACGGAAAGGUAAAAAAAAUUUUUUUUGGGAUUUUCAAUUUUGAUGAGAAUUUUUUGUAUUUUUGUAAUGUUUGGGUAAAAUACGAAUUGCCGAAAUGAAAGAGAAAUGUUUUAAAAUUAUUAAAUUUGAUUUUCACUCACUUUUGAACACUUUUUUGAGCUAAAAUACGAUCGAAAACUGAAAUUUUUUCGAAUUUUUGGCGAUUUCCGGGUAUUUCUUGAUUUUUUGUGAGAUUUUUGGACGUAUUUUAGCGUGAAAUGGAUAUGAGAAUUGUUCUCAUGGCCUUUUCUUUUGGUUGAAAGAUUUUUUUCGCCGAAUUUAUACAGUAUUUUAUAUAAAUUUUGCCAACUUUCAGCAAUCCCCGCCCAUAUUCGCCGCUCCGCUACCUCCCAUACAACGGCGACUGCCCCUGCGAACAACGCAAUCGCUCAGUGAGCGCAAUUCCCGACUCGGAACACUGGCUGGUGCAGUUCCGCGCCGCCACAAUAGCCCUCAUGGCCGAGGUGAUCCUUAAUUGCAAUGACUCCCUGAUGGCCGUCCUUCAGUUGGACCUCAUUUUUUGGCCCGCCAUCCUGGUCCAGCUGACAAAUCAGAAACACACAAAAGUCCGAACGUUGACCAUAGUACUGCUGAAAAACUUUUUGGUAGGUCUGGAGAGGUUUGGAAUUUUUGAGUUUGGGUCCCACCACGAAAAAUUGAGAGGCUGAUAAAGUGGAAUAAAACGGUUAGAAAUUGCUUUAGAAGUGGUCGAAGACGCUAGAAAUUGAUUUUAACUGUCGUAUUAUGGGAUUUUUUUGAAAUUGAGAAAAUUUUUGGGUACCACCACGAAAAAUUGAGAGGUUGAAAAAGUGGAAUAAAACGGAUGGGAAUGGCUUUAGAAAUAGUCCAGGACGCUAGAAAUGGAAUGCAAGUGUCAUAUUUGGGAAUUGAGAAUUUUUUGGGUCCCACCACGAAAAAUUGAGAGGUUGAAAAAGUGGAAUAAAACGGAUAGAAAUGGCUUUAUAUGUGGUCCAGGACGCUAGAAAUGGAAUUCAAGUGUCGUAUUUGAGGGUUGGGGCAUCUUUUGGGCCCUACCACGAAAAGUUGAGAGGUUGAAAAAAUGGAAUAAAAUGGAUGGAAAUGGCUUUAUAAGUGGUCCAGUGGGUUUAGAAAGUGUUUAUGACGAUAAAAAUGAGGUUAUAACUUCCUAUUUGUAAUAUAUAGUGAUAUUUGGGUCCCACCACGAAAACCUGAUCUUGUCGAAUUUUGACUAAAAAUCGAAAGUUUUGGAGUUUUGAGCAGACUAGGUGAUGACUUCGAUUGUUUUUGAGAUAUUUUCUUUUUGAAUUUAUCAUAAUUUUUUGAUCUUGAAAUUUAAUUUCCGUAUUUUAGCUCCGAGUGGAAAGAAAACACCGAAAAAGUUUCGUCGACCAAAACGGAUUCGUCUUCUUGGCCAACGAACUGAAGAAAACCCGUCUGAACUACGAUAUCGCCGAUGCGAUCUUCUCAUUGACCCUAGGCGAACAUGUCACUAUCAGAAAUGGGUAGGAUAAUAUCGAAAAAUCUAAAGUUUUUUUCGGUUUUAGUAUCGAUGCCGACCAUUUGGAGGACUUUCGGUUCGAUAAAUUCCAAUCCGCCAGUUUCUUCGCCCUUUUGGCGGUUCUGGAGCAGUCCGUGGAGGACUCGAACUUGUUCUGGAGCGUGUGCUCGACCAUCGAAAAAAUCAUCGCCGGAGGCAUGACGGCCAGAACCACCUUCCUGGACCACGGCCUGGUCCCCAGCAUGAUCGCGGUCCUCGUCAAAAUGGACGAAUUACAUCAUACGUAAGUUGCACGGUGCGAAAAAUUGGAAAUUCCGCUUGCACUGUGCGAAAGAAAGAGGGAAAGACUGCACUGUGCAGCGAAAAGAAAAGGAAAACUUGCCAGGUUUCGGCACUGUGCAGUCAACAAGUAUUGCACUGUGCAGCCGGAAGAAAAAGAAGAUUUGUCGCAACCGCACUGUGCGACGAUUAAAAUUGAUUGCACGGUGCAAAAAAUUAGAAAUUGCGCAUUGCACUGUGCAGUCAACAAGGAUUGCACCGUGCGGCGGAACGAAGAGGAAAAUUUGUCGCAACUCUGCACUGUGCGACGAUGAAAAUUGAUUGCACAGUGCGAACCAAAAGAAGGAAGAAGAAUGAGUGUGCACAGUGCAAAUGAAAGAAUGGAUUGCACUGUGCAAAAAAAUUUUUUGCACUGUGAAGUGGGAAAUAAAAUUUUGCACUGUCCGAAAAAGAAGUUGCCGCACUGUGCGGUAGAAAUUGACGGAAGUUUUGCACAGUGCAAAAAGGAAAAUGAAAAUCUGCACGGUGCGAAAAAUUAAAUUUCCGAUUUUUUAAGCGAAUCCCUGAACGGCCCGAUCUUUCCGAUUCUGGAUUGCUGGAUGAAGCUGGCCAGAUGCCUGAUCCAAGGAGUUGUCCCAUAUAAGUAAGUUGGAAAUGCAAUACGAGUGAAAUACGGAAAAUUAAAAAAAAAAUUUUUUUUGACUGCCUUUUUAGGAACAAAAAAGCCGUCCAACGCUGCGAGGAUCUGGUGUAUUUGGCCUUUGGCGUCGAGUGGAAACGUGAUCUCGAGAGAUGGGAGCGAAAAUCGGUGACUGUAAGGCGAAUGUUGUGCCAUGUGCUGGUCGUGUGGAUUGAAUCGAUACAAACUGUGCUCUCCGACCCAAUGAAUAGCUUCAAAAGCCUCGCCGAUCAUAGUAAGUGCGGUUUUUGGGGUUUGGAAAAGAAAUUUUGGAUUUUUGGGUCCCGCAACGAAAACUUGAGAUGUUGGAAUUUGGGGUGGGAAGGAAAGGUGGAGAGUUUCUGGGCUUUUUAGAGUGUUUAUAAGCCGUUUUGGAAUAAAAUUCAGUCGUUUAGGGGCUAUAUUAUACUUGAUAUUUGGUCCCGCAACGAAAACUUGGAAUGUUGGAAUUUGGGGUGAGAAGGAAAGGUGGAAGGUUUGUGGGCUUUCUAGAGUAAUUAUUAGCCGUUUUGGACUAAAAUCCAAGCGUUUUGGGGCUAUAUUGUACUUGAUAUUGGGUCCCGCAACGAAAAAUUGAGAUGUUGGAAUUUGGGGUAAGAAGGAAAACUGGAGAGCCUGUGGGCUUUCUAGAGUGUUUAUAAACGAUUUUUGAUUAAAUUCCAGUCGUUUUGGAGCUGUAUUGUAUUUGAUAUUGGGUCCCGCAACGAAAACAUUUUUGAUUGAAUUUUGGCCAGAUUGUUGAUUGAAAUUGUAAAUUAUGACCUUGUUAGUAGAUCUAGACAAAAAUUAAGUAAAAAAAUUUGGUAGCAUGACAAAAAUUAUAUUAUACUUGACAAAAGGCAGAAAUUUUCGGAAAAAUUUUAAAAAAAAUAUGUUUUUCUUUGCAGAUCUCUCCGACGACAGCUCGGAAUUCGAAGUUCUGGGCGUGGACUCGGAUCUGGACUCGUAUUACACCCACCCAAUCAGCUACGUGGCCGCGAAAUCGCUGAAAUCGCCCGUGGAAUUGGCCACUCAAGAGGAAUUGGCGCAACGCUUGGCAUUCGGCCUGGAAAGAGUGACCAAUGUCUUCCUAUACCUAAACCCAUCGACGAUCAUGUGCGACGAGGAGGAGAACCUGUUCGAUUUGCUGCUCUCGGUGCUGUUCCAGCACUCCCGCGUCCAGGACGAAUGGCUCAAAUGCCUGGGGCUGUGCAAGGAAAAAAACCGCAUUUUGUUGGCCGAUUUGAUCGCCUUCCUCCUCUUUGAUGUCCAGUCGAAGCUUCAAACCGAACGCAAAGAGCUGAUGGACGAAAGUUUUCAAAUUAUCAAACGCCUGAAAUUGGUCGACUACUUGGACAAGGAACUUUCAAUCAACCGAAUUGGCCUCCUCAACCUGCUGGAAGUGAAUUUGGUGAGUUGGGACAGGAAGAAUAGACCUUGAUCUUGGAUUUGAACAGAAUUUUUUAAGGUUUCGUUUAUCGACCGGUCGAAAAAUGAGGGCGGAAAAUGGCGAUUUUUGGGGAUUUUGAGGGAAAAUUUUAAUUUUUUUGAGGGUUUUUGAAUAAAAAGUAAAAUAAAAAAUGUGGUAUGGGAUGUUAGAAGCCUGGUAGAAGAAUGUUUUGUAAAAGAAAACGAGAUUUUUUGAAGUUUUUCAAAUUUUGAAAAUUUUAAAAUUUUUUGAAAAUUGCAUUUUUUUUGCUAAAAUUGAAAUUAAAAAUUGUUUGUGAGGCCGAGAAAUUUCUUUUUUUUUGGAUUUUCACCGUUUUUUCGUUUUUGAAAAUGAGAUUUUUUAAUUUUUUGAAAUUACAAUAAAAAAAAUUUUAAUUAUAAAAAUUGACCAAACUGAGUCAAUAAAAGUAUUAUUAGACCAUUUUGAGAGUGCAUUGGCCAUAUUUUUUGAUUUUUUAGGAAGAAAAUUUAUUUUCAGGACUACCAAUACGCCUUCAAAAUCGCCCUCCAUGAACUGGGAUUGAUCUCCCGAUUUUGGCCAAUUGUCGACUCGGAACAGGCUUAUUCCAAACUUGAUCGGCUUCUGAAGUUUCUCAGAUCCAUCCAGCUGGAUUCGCCGUUGUCGAAUCUUACUGAUCGUGAGUGAAAAAUUCGAUUUUUUAAGAUUUUUUGGAAUUUUUUGGGAAAUUUGGAAAAAUUUUGAUAAAAUUGUUUUUUUUUUCUUUGCAAAACGAGUUUUUUGGUAGUGAAAUUGAUACUACAAGGUGUCUUGAGCGUUCUAUUUUAAUUUUUACUGAUACUUUUUUAGAAAAAUUUUGAAAAAAUCGCAAAAAUUUGGUCGAAAAUUGAGAUUUUUUCAAAAAUUUUUCAUUUUUUUUGAUUUUUUUUUUUCAAAAUUAAAAUUAAUUUUAAUCGUAUUUUAGCGGAAAUUGUAGCCCUGUCGACCGAUGAAGUCCUCCUGAUUCAAGUGUUCAACGAAAAAAUUGGGAAUUUCGGCCAAACUUUGCACUUUCGCGUCCAAGCCAUUCAGACCAAGGAAGAGAGUUUUUUGCGGACAAUCGGAGAUGUAAGCGACCUCUAAAAAUGCUCUCAAAGCCAUGAAAAAUCCUUUAGAAAGCCAACGACCUCACUUGCGAACUGGCCAAACUGCAAGGAACGCCGCGGAAAACGUCGAGCGCCCUGCGGAAAGAGGCCCAGUCCAGCCUGAACAGGGCCUCGGAAACCCUCUGGCAUCUGGUCCGAGAACUCUGCCACCCAUCCGCCGUCUUCCACGACCCCUCCUCCUGGCCCCAAGGAUGGGCCUUGGACACAACGGAGAACCUGAAAAGGGAACGCAGACGCUUAAAACCGGCUCAUUAUCAGUUCCAUGAGAGGUUUUUGAGAAAGGAACGGAGAUUGAAGGUAAAGAAGAGGUCGGAUUGGAGAUUGAAAUAGUUUUUUAGGUAGAAUGAGGUGUGUUUUAGAAUGGGAGGGAGUUUGGAAAAAAUUUUUGGAGGAUUUUUAGGAGUUUGAGUCGGUUUUUUUAUAUUGUACUUGAUAUUGAUAUAGGGAAAUGUGAUUUUUUGCUAUUUUUUUGAUGUUAUUUGCCUGUAAGUGGGGUUUUAAUAGCUGCUGUGGGGUAUUUAGCGACAAUGAAAAGUAUUUUUCGGCAGUUUUUUAUCGGAAUUUUGAGAUUUUUUGAAAAAAUAGAAAUUUUUGGUCGACUUGAUUUUUGAUGCCAAAAUAAGCGAUGCUAGUUGAAAAAGGAUUUAAUUUGCUUCAAAAUUAUGUGUAAUUUUGAAUGAAUAUCAGUAGUUAUAUAACGAUAAUAAUUAAUUGGCUCCGCCCACUUUUUAGGGGGCCAAAGGCCAACUGUGUUCAAAUUGCAUUACGUAACUACUGAUAUUCAUACAAAAUUACACAUCAUUUUGAAGCAAAUUAAAUCCUUUUUCAAUUAGCAUCACUUAUUUUGGCAUCAAAAAUCAAGUCGACCAAAAAAUUUCAAUUUUGUUUCAAAAUUCAAAUUUUAUUAAAAAAUCCCAAAUUCCGAUAAAAAACUCUCGAAAAAUACUUUCCUUUGUCGCUAAAUACUGCAUAAAGCUAUUAAAAUCCCACUUGCGGGCAAAUAACAUCAAAAAAAGCAAAAAAUAACGUUUCCCUAUAUUAAUAUCAAGUACAAUAUAAAAAACCGACUCAAACUCCUAAAAAUCCUCUGAAAAUUUUUUCCAAACUCUCUCCCCUUCUAAAAUACACCUCAUUCUACCUAAAAAACUAUUUCACUCUCCAAUCCGCCCUCUUUUUUUCAGGCCCAGCUCACCGCCAAAACCCCACAGCCCCUGCAACGACUCCUCGAAGGCACGGUGGGCAAGUCGACCGCUGAAUUAGAAGCCCACACACCGGUCCGGUUCUCGCUGAACGCGGUCCUGGUCCGCACCUUCUUCGAGUGCUCCGGCGACAUUGUGGUCUCGGACAAGAAGCUCUAUUUCAUCGGGGAAAUGGCCAAAACCACCCAAAAGGGCCAACACUACGAACCCGUGAAUUACUCGUGGACCUUCGAACAGAUCCGCGAAAUCCAGUCCAGGUGGUACCUGCUGAAGGACACGGCCGUGGAGCUGUUCACCACCACCGGCGACGCCUUCAUGAUGGUCUUCUCCACCACGGAGCAAAGGAACUCCCUCCUCCAUCAACUGGUUCAAAUGAAUCUGGCCGCCCUCAUGGUGGAUCCCGUCGUUCAACUGAACAGCGCCACCAAGUUGUGGAGAAAUGGGAUGAUCACCAAUUUUGAGUAAGGUUUUGGAAAUGGUCGAUAUUUCGGUCGAUUUUGGAGACCGGGGAAUUAAAUUUUAGGUUAUUGAAAAUGAAUGAUAUGGCUUUGAUUACUGUGAUUUUUGGGGAUUUUUGAGUUUUUGGAUCGAUUUUGAGCAAGGUUUUGGAAAAUGGUCGAUAUUUCGGUCGAUUUUGGAGAACGGGAAAUGAAAUUUUAGGGUAUUAAAAAUGAAUGAUCUGGCUUUGAUUACUGUGAUUUAUGGGGGUUUUUGAGUUUUUGGAUCCAUUUUGAGUAAGGUUUUGGAAAAUGGUCGAUAUUUUGGUCGAUUUUGCAGAGCGGGAAAUGAAAUUUUAGGGUAUUGAAAAUGAAUGAUCUGGCUUCGAUUACUGUAAUUUUUGAGUUUAUUGGAUGUUUGGACUUUGUAAAAUACGAGUUUCAAUUUUGUAAGGUCCCGGCUUUUAUGUUUUUGGAAAAUGGUCGAUACCUUGGUCGAUCUUGGACAGCGGGAAAUUAAAUUUUCAGGGAGUGUUGAUGAAGUGUCAGACUUUCGGUACUGUAAUUUUUGGAGGGUUUUGGCUUUUUGAUUUUGUAAAAUACGCGUUGUAAUUUCCUAAGGUCAUGGGUUUGUAUGUUUUUGGAAAAUGGUCGAUAACUUGGUCGAUUUGGGAGGACGGGAAAUGAAAUUUUAGGAGAUUGCAGAUGAAUGAUCAGUCUUUAUAUAGUGUAAUUUUUAGAAGUUUUCAGCUUCUAAUUUUUCGGAAAUUCGCGUUUUCAGCUACCUCAUCGUCCUGAACAAACUGGCGGGCCGCUCCUUCAACGAUCUCAUGCAAUACCCCGUUUUCCCAUUUAUUUUGUCCGAUUACACCUCAACUCUCCUCGAUCUAACCUCACCGUACUCAUUCAGGUACGUUGUUACAGUAAUUUUGAAUUUGAAAAAAUUUGAAAUUUUAAAAAAUUUCUCGAUUUUAGAGAUUUGGCCAGACCGAUGGCCAUACAAGACCGAAAAAUGGAACAAGUCUACGUGCAGAGCUACAACGCCCUGAACGAAGAGCACAACAAGUCCCAACACGAUGGGAUGUAUUCGGCCUCGUAUCUGGGCCCCUAUCACUACGGAAGCCAUUAUUCGAACACCGGAAUCGUCGCGCAUUACAUGGUCCGUGUGGUGCCCUACACGAAUGUGGCCUUGGAAUAUCAGGGUAGGCGGUUUGGAAAGUCCAAAAUACGCCAGAUUUUGAAAAAAAAAAUUUUUUAUUUUGGACUUUGAUGUCAUGGAUAAUAUAAAAAUUUUUGAAAUUUUGCCGGAAAAUGGGUGGAAUGGAACUGGGACGAUUGGAGAAACCGAAAAGUGUUAUUUUUCUUCGAUGCAAGUGCCGAAAUUAGGAUAAUCGAGGGUGCUGAUUUCGAAAAUGACAUUCAUUUUUUUUUUUUUUUGAUCUUUACUUUUUUCCUUAAGCAGUACUGUAAAGUAGUAAUUUUUUGAUUUUUUUCAUGAAUACUCGAUUUGGCGGUUUUCGAUGGUGCUUUCAAAUCAGAAAAAAUGAAUAAGAUUUUCGAAAUCAGCACCAUCGAAAACCCCUAAAUCGAGUAUUCAUGAAAAAAAAUUCAAAAAACUAAAAUUACUACGUUACAGUACUACUUAAGGAAAAAAGUAAAGAUCAAAAAAAUAAAGAAUGUCAUUUUCGAAAUCAGCACCCUCGAUUAUCCUAAUUUCGACACUUGCAUCGAAGAAAAACAAUACUUUUCGAUUUCCCCAAUCGUCCCAGUUCCAUUCCACCCAUUUUCCGGCAAAAUUUCAAAAAUUUUUAUAUUAUCCAUGACGUCAAGGUCCAAAAUCUGGCGUAAAACCCCACUCAACAUACUUUUUGUUUCCCCCAAUCGUCCAAUUCCGGGGUGGAAUAGAAAGAAUUCUUCAAAAAGGAGGCAUUUUGAAGUUAUUGGAAGACUUUUUUGUGAUUCUUGAUUUUUUGAGCGAAAAUUUUGGAUUUUUUUUUUGUUUUUUUUUUUUUAUUUUUCAAAAUUUUUCCAGACAACAAUUUUGACAUCCCGGACCGCCUCUUCAACACAUUGGAGACCACCUGGCGCCUCUCCAGCUCCGAAUCCACCACCGAUUUCAAGGAACUGAUCCCGGAGUUUUUCUUUUUCCCGGAAAUGUUCCAAAAUCGCGAAAAUCUGGAGCUCGGCAUCCGCCAAUCCGGCCAACAGGUGGACCACGUGAUCCUCCCACCAUGGUGUCCACGCGGCAACAGCCGACUCUUCUGCCUGAUCCAUCGGCAGGCCCUGGAAUCACUUCAUGUUACACUAGCCCUCCACAAUUGGAUCGAUCUGAUUUUCGGCUAUAAACAGAGUGGCGAAGCCGCGAUAAAAGCGAUCAACAUGUUUCAUCCGGCGGUGAGUUGAUUGGGAGGGAUUUUUGAAAUGAUUUUUUGGAGAAAAAUUAGACAUUUUGAUACUUUUUGGAAGAAAUGCCGGAUUUUUUGGAUUUUUAUCGAUUUUUUUGAAAUUUUAAGAAAUUCGUGGGUUGUAAAGGGUGGGAAAAAGAUGUAUGUGGUGUGAGGAGGCAGUAGGCAGCUUUUGGAAGUAUUUGAUUUUGAAAAAAUGGGAUUUUUAAAAAAAUUUUGGACUUUUUUUGAAAUUUUUUGCUUUUUUUUGGGAAAUUUUGAAAUUUUUCCCCCUAAAAUGCGGUAGAUAUAAUUUUUUUUGUUCAAAAAAUUAUUUUGAGAAUGUAAAAUACGAUUUUACAAAGGAUUGAGUCCUUAUUUUCCAGACCUACCGAGGCCGCGACAUCGAAAGAGAGAGCCACAAAGACGAGGUUUUCCUGUCCGCAGUCAAAACCAUGGUCCGAACCUACGGCCAAAUGCCCGUCCAGCUCUUCAUCUCCCCGCAUUUACCUCAUCUGGAGACUGGCCGAUGCAUGCCCACGGCGGGCGUCGAGAAUCAGCUCUUACCUUCGGUCAGGGGCAUCAGAUGGGGCGACUUUGUUGGAAGCCCCGAAACAGACGACAAACUGGCGUUCGCACCGCAGUGUAUAUUCAAAUUGGAAGCGUAUGAAAGGUAAAAUACGGUAGUUCGACCAUUUUUUUCAUUCCCUGAUUUUUUCGCCGAAAAGUUUGGAAAUUAAAAAUAUUGACUGGGAUUUUUUGGUUUCAGGAAAAAAUGGAUGUAGUAUAUGAGUGGUUUGUCGUAUCUUGCUAAAUUUUUUUUAUUUUACUCCCUGAGAGCAUCUAUUUUUUAUGACGGAAGGAUUUUUGUCGAAACUUUUGAUUAAGCUUGAUAUUUGAUCAAAUUUCUGACAUCAGAUGUCAUGUAUAAUAUCGAGGUGGUGUGGAAAUACAGAUGGAGAUUUUCAUUCACUUUUAUAUUUGAAAUAAAGCCAAUUUCUUGUAGAAUCGACCACCUCACCACCAUCCAUCAUGACGGCCAUUUGAUUUGCUACGGAAUGCCAGAAGACACCGCGCUGGUCGCCAAGUACAAGUCCGACAAAUCCGACGCCCUCAGACGGAAUUUUGAACUCUCAAUGACCGCCGUGCUGUCAUGGAGAUUUCCAGACGGUAUUUUGAGGAUCAAACCGGUCCAAGUCGACGAUUCCGUGUGGGUUAACCUCCUGGAUCUGCAAUCUUUGAAAGUCAGCCAGUUGGUCUACAGCCCCAGCAAUGAUUUGAUGUACAUCGGCUUCACGAAUGGACUCAUCAAAGUCUAUACACUUGUUUUGGACACAAACACGGUUAGUUCGAAAUUUUGGAAGGUUUUAAAAGUUUUGGAUUUUCAAAUUUUGGUCCCACCGCGAAAACUUGACUCCAAAAAAUCGUUGAUUUUCGCGUGGAAUUUGGUUUUUAAUGUCGGAUAUUGCAGAAGACCUUCAAUUGCACACAGAAAGGCGAGCUCUUCGCACAUAAAAUGGCAAUCUCGUCGCUCAGCAUCUCCGAGACCUUCCACAUACUUUUAUCGACCAGUGAAGACUCAACGCUCACUGUUUGGGACACAAAUAGGUAUGAAGAAGAUUGUUGGAGCUUAUUUUAUGUUGUGUGAUUUUUGGAGCAGCUUGAGUUGAGAUUUUUCGCUAGUUUUAUCUUAUUGGAACUGGGACGAUUGGGAAAAAGUAGGGGAAACCGAAAAGUAUUAUUUCCCUUCGAUGCAAGUGUCGAAAUUAGGAUAAUCGAGGAUGCUGAUUUCGAAAAUGACAUUCAUUUUUUGAUCUUUACUUUUUUCCUUAAGCAGUACUGUAAAGUAAUAAUUUUUCGAAUUUUUUUUUCAUAAAUACUCGAUUUGGGGGUUUUCGAUGGUGCUGCUUUCAAAUUAGAAGAAAUGAAUAAGAUUUUUGAAAUCAGCACCAUCGAAAACCCCUAAAUCGAGUAUUUAUGAAAAAAAUCAAAAAAUUACUACUUUACAGUACUACUUAAGGAAAAAAGUAAAGAUCGAAAAAAAUGAAUGUCAUUUUCGAAAUCAGCACCCUCGAUUAUCCUAAUUUCGACAUUUGAAUCGAAGGGAAAUAAUACUUUUCGGUUUCCCAAAUCGUCUUUUUCCCCAAUCGUCCAACUCCGACCUUAUUUUGCGAAAAUUUUUUGAAAUUUUUUGGUCUAACAAGGAAAGUACUUUUAUGGGGGCUCCUACUUUUUGACGGGACAUAUCUCAAAAAAUCAGAAAAAAUGUGCUGAUCAAGGAUAUAUAAAUCUUAGCUGCCCAUUUUAGGUUUUUAGGGGUAAAAAUGCCCAAAAACUGGCUUAAUUUCCCUACAAAAGGCGCGGGCAUUCGAAACGAUGAAAAGCGCAGUCGGUCUCUUCCUUCGGAAGAGAGCGGUGUGGCCGAGUGGCUAGUCCCGUAGUUUGGGAAUCAAGAGGGAGGACGCCGCACGGGUUCGAUUUCCCUUUUGGGCUGAAUCAACUUUUUUUGAAGUUGAAGGUCGGAAAAAUAAAAUUUUGGGCCAAGACUGAUUUAUUACGUCUUAGAAACUCAAUAAACAUAAUUUUAAGCCAAAAUAAAAAUUGUAAACCUGUGAAAAAUUAAGCGAAAAGGGGUUUAUAUAGGACUUUAAGUCAACUUCCGAUUAAGUUUUCACCCCUAAAAACCUAAAAUGGGCAGCUAAGAUUUAUAUAUCCUUGAUCACCACAUUUUUCUGAUUUUUUGAGAUAUGUCCGGUCAAAAAGUAGGAGCCCCCAUAAAAGUACUUUCCUUGUAAAAUCAUAUUUUUCCCCCUUCCAGACUGGAAUACAUCCGCACCCUGGACCCCCAUCGACGUCCCGCCCCAUUGAAAGAGCGCGCCGCCCUCUCCUGCAUCUCCCAAAUCAACGCCGACAUGGCCAUCGUGCUGCAUUCGCAGUGCGGAAGCCGCGUAAACUUGUACACCGUGAAUGGAGACCUGAUCGGCUCGCAUCAAGACGAAAUGAUCGUCAUGAGCAUGACCAUGACCAACCUCGACGAGGGCCUCGGAGUGAAUUGCUUGGCGCUGGGCCUGCAGACCGGCGUCAUCAGACUGCUGGAAAUGUGGACCCUGAGUACGAUAAGACUCAUUUCAUGCCAGAAUCUGCAUGCCCCGGUGGUGAGGUAAGCGGUUUUUUGGAGGGGUUUGAGCAAAAAAAAAUUGUAAUAGGAGAAAUUUUUUUUGGAAAUGAAUUUUGCAUACUGUAAAGGAAAAAAGUUGAUCGCACUGUCCGAAAAAUUGGGAGGUUAGAAAGUGGAAGGUAGAUAGGUUAAAAAGGGUUGGGAAUGGGAUUAGAAGCUUCUGUGAGAAGAGUUGUGAGCUAUGGAAUUUGAUUUUUUGUCUGGAAUUUUUGGAUUUUGCGAUUUCCCUACGGUGCAAGAGAAAAAAGUUUAUUGCACAGUGCGAAAAAUUAGGAGGUCUGAAAAUUGUUUACGAAGGAGUCAAAGAGAGUUGGGAAUGCAAUUAGAAACUUCUGUGAGGAGAGCUAUGAACAAUGGGAUUUGGUUUUCUGUCUGAAAUUUUUGAAUUUUGAGGUUUUCCUGCGGUGCAAGGGAAAAAAGUUGAUUGCACUGUGCAAAAGAUUAGGAGGUGAGAAAGUGAAAGACAGAUUGGAUAAAAAAGGUUGGGAUGGGAUUAGAAGCCUCCGUGGGAAGAGUUGUGAGCUAUAGAAUUUGAUUUUUUGUCUGAAAUUUUUUGAUUUUGCGAUUUCCUUACGGUGCAAGAGAAAAAAGUUUGAUUGCACAGUGCGGUCCAAAAAAAAUUUUUUUUGCACUGUGCAAAAUUUUUUCGGAUUUUUUUUUAAUGAGUUGCUGUGGUAUUGUAAGAGUCAUAAACAUUAUUUUUUAGCCUCCAAUUCACCAGCGACAGCCGUCGUUUGUACGCGGCGCUGGCCAAUUCCCAUGUCCUCUGUUGGCAGGUCCCAUCCCUGGCCAAAGCCCGAAAUUCCUCCUUCAAAAUGUUGAACCCGUUCCUUUGA